GAGAUAACUGCAGUCUUGUUGAAAUAUGGCAGAUGGGGGCUUUUUGCAAAAUACCUACAUUUCUGAAGUUUUGUAUUUCAAAGUUCUAAGUGAGCCUUCCCUACAAAACUCUGUUGACACAAAGAAACAUUGCCUUAAUGUUCCUUCAAUUGACUAUGUUCUCUUCAUUUAAGUUUCUCCUUAUAUGCCUCGUCACUCUAAGGACAACCGCUGCACAUCCCGCUACUGAUGAACAUAACUACUAUAAAAAUAACAGAGGCACAUUUCAAAAUCCUGCUAAAGAUGUUAGACCGAAGUUCAGAUACUGGCUUCCGGAUGCAAGCGUAGACCCCGCUGGCAUCGCUGCUGACAUCAAGGACAUUGGUUCCAUCGGAGCUGGGGGUAUUGAAAUGUGCAAUUAUUUCAUGUAUGGUGGGCAAAUUGGAGAACCGGCAAGUGAUUGGAGCACUUAUGGUUUCGGCACGCCAGCUUACAACAAGAUUCUGAAUACCGCUGCUCAAGCAACGAAAGACAAUGACUUGGUCAUCGAUCUCGCGCUGGGACCAGAAUCCGGACAAGGAGUACCAGCAGAAUGGGACAACCCCGGGCUUGCAUACGAUCUUAUAUCGCACAACAUCAAGGUGUCUGCAGGUGAUACUUACAAAGGUAAGGUCCCGGGCUACGGCAAUGGGACACUGCUGUCGGUCACGACCGCUGCUAUUCUUCAUUCAGAAAACUACAGCACACCCAAUUUAGUGGUAGGCUUGAUUCCCAAUGGAUUCAUAAACUGGACCGUUUGGAAUAUUUCUGCAGACAGCCUAAACGACGUGACCAGCAGAGUGCGUCCCGAUGGUACCAUUUCCCUUGAAUUUCCGCAACAUCAAACUGCGAAAGGAUACUUUCUAUGGGCAUCUUAUUUCAAGCUUUCUUCAGACCGGGCAGCAAUACCUGGCUCUAGUCCGCAAAACUUUCUUCAAAAUGGAUCAUUCGCCGUCGAUCAUUUUUCUACGCGUGGAGCUAAGGUAACGACAGACUUUCUUGAGAAGUAUGUCCUGAUAAACGGUGUAAAGGAACUUUUUCAGCAGGUGGGAAAGUAUAUUUGGGAGGAUAGUGUAGAGAUCAAAAGUAGUCUCUAUUGGACUCCGGAUCUGGCCAGCACAUUCAAAGAAAUGCACGGAUACGACAUAGGAAAAUAUGCAAUGCUUCUAGCAACUGAUAAUGGCCUCGGUUUCUCAACAGAGUAUCCAGACAGAGUGUACACGGAUGCUUUAGAUCGUGGUCAAGGCUAUUUGUUCGACUAUAGAGCCACAAUGACGACAUUGCUUUCACUUUAUUAUGAACACCUUGUUAAUUGGUCGAGGCGAUAUCUAGGACUGGAAUUCUCAGCGCAGACGGGGUAUAACCUCCCUGUGGAUAUGCUUGAAGUCGUUCCAGUCGUGAGCACACCCGAAGACGAGUCACUUGGCUUCGCUUCUUCCAUUGAUAACUAUAGGCAGUUCGUUGGGCCUGCAAAUCUAGCAGGCAAAAAUGUUAUUUCCAACGAAAUGGGUGCGAUAUCUCGAUCAGCUUACCAGCAGCAACUUCCAGAUUUAUUGACCUUGGUCAAGCAAGCUUACAGCGCUGGAAAUAACCAAAUGGUGAUACAUGGAGCAACAUACUCAUAUCAGUACCCAAACACAACUUGGCCAGGCUUUACACCAUUUGGCUACUUGUUUUCAGAUCAACACUCGCGCCACCAGCCUGGUUGGACUAAUGGAUAUUCCGAUGUUCUUAAUUAUAUUUCCAGAAACAACUACAUUCUCCAAAGUGGGGUUCCAAAAAGGGACGUGGUAUUCUGGAGUAAGAAGAGUCGUGAAGGGGAAUUCAUCACCCCUGUAUAUAAUUACAAUGAUCUUGUCAAUACUGAUGGGAUACGGUUAUGAAUACCUUUCUCCAGGUAACUUCAAGCUUCCACAGGCAAUAGUUCGAGAUGGUGUUCUCGCACCUGAUGGUCCAGCAUACAAGCUAUUGAUUGUGCGUUCAACCGAGUUUCUUACAACAGAUGGUGUCGACAAUCUUGCAAAAUACGCAGCACAAGGCUUGCCCAUUAUAAUUUCUGGCGGCAUACCGAACCAAAUUGCAUCUUCUAAGGGUCUAUCAGAUGCACAACAGAAAUUGAAAUCGCUGGCAUCUCUAUCAAACGUUCACUUGGUUGCAGGUGGACCGCUGGCUUCUGUAAUUUCCUCCCUUGGUAUUCAGCCCCUCACGAAAGUGACUGUGGACCAACCAUGGUACACGUACUGGCGCGAAGUCAACAAGGGUCAAGAAGUGUACGUUUAUAUCUACAAUGACGGCAACUCUACCUCAACAGGUAAGGUCGAGUUUGCAACUACUAAUGUACCAUAUUUCUUUGAUGCAUGGAAGGGUGAUCAAAGGCCUGUCACUGAAUACAAUUUGGGAAAUCAUUCCACGACCAUUGCACUCACUCUCGCAGCACAUCAAUCUAUCAUUGUCGGUUUUCUGCGCGCUGAAGAUAGAUUAAAACGACCUCUCUAUGUAAAAUCCGGGCCAUCCCCAUCGCUCGAAUACGUGUACGACGAAUCUGACAACCUUAUCGCCAAAGUGCCUUUCUCAAGCAGCGAUCUCGUAAUUGAAAAUUCUAACGGCAAAAAAUUCAACGUCUCAUCCAAGGGAGUGGCUAAGCCAUUCGCUCUAUGUGACUGGACCCUUGUGGCUGAGAAAUGGGGCCCCCCCAGUAACUUCGACGACGCUUCGGCUACUUCCUCGAAAUUCAACACCACCUACAAGCUUCCGUCUCUUCUCUCCUGGCCUCUCAUUCCUGGCCUACAAAACACUUCUGGCGUAGGAUAUUACAGCAACGAAUUUACAUGGUCUGACACUCGUGUGGGUGCGUUCAUUGACUUUGGACGCGUUGUACAUACUCUGCGUGUGAGUGUGAACGGUAUUCAACUGCCACCACUAGAUGUUACACACGCACAGGCGGAUAUUUCCUCUUAUCUGGUAAAGGGAAAAAAUACAAUCAAUGCUACUAUUUCAACAACGUUGAUAAAUGGCCUUCGUCCAUACUUGGAAAGACUUAAAACGAGUGGGACUGGACCCGAGAUUAGCAGCCUGACUUUUGCAAGAACUGAGGUUGAAGCAGGUCUGGUGGGCGAGGUAUUGAUUACACCCUACGAACUCCGUAGGUGUGUUUGAUAUAGAUGAUUUAAAUCUAACAUUCAUUUCAAAUCAUUCAGACUAAAAGCAGACAUCUCUUCUAGUUUUCUAACUCAAUCGGAAUCAUACUUGAGAUUCAUUUCACUUCAUUUGAAGUUUUACGUAUUCAUUUAGAGAUUUACCCCUUGCCUUCCA